CAGUUUCUGAAAGUUGAUAAUACAAAUUUAAAUUUUGUUGUUCUAUAUUAAUUUUUAAGUUAUUUUAUUUUUUUAUAUAUUCUUUUAACAUCUACGUCACUAUGUCAUAUUUUUAUGUGACCAAGUUCCUCGAAAAUUACCAUUCGAUUUACCUCGAGAAUAAUUAUUAGUUCUAAAACACCCGCAGCAGUAUUUAGAACAUAAUUAUUUGCCAUUUUAAUUUAACAAGACUGCUAUAGUUUUUUUUCUUAAACCUAACCGAUUCGAAUAAAAAACAAAAUCAUUAAAUUAAUUGUUGGUAUAAAUUUAUGCUUAUCUCAACUUACCUAAUAUUAUUUUAGUGUAAAUUUCAAUUACUUGUGAACAGCAUACAAAACUAGUAUCGAAUAUCUUACAGUGCUGUGCAACUUCAUGCCACGAAACCAGUGUCACCGAAUGAAUUAAGCUAAACACGUAAGCCGGGAAUCAACUAUCCAGAAAUUUCAAAUUCAAGUACUAAAAAUAAUAAUAUUGUUGAUGUAACAAGAACAUCUUAGAAGCUUGCUUUAAUUAUUUGAUAGUUCUUAGUGAGACUAACCAUGGUUGAUGGAAAUUAUUUGGAAUUAGAUAAUUACGACAAUGUUGUUUUUACAAACAAUAAUGAAGACAAAAUAAAUAUUCCAUAUCAUUUUUUAAGUACUGAAAAACAACUUGUUAAAACAUGCCAAGUAUUUUUAAGGAAAGUUUUUACUCUUCUAGUACUACAACUGCUUGCUUAUAAUUUCAUGGGAUUUUUCUGUUUAUUUACUCCGAAAAUUCGUUUUUUCAUCUAUAACUUUGAAUAUAUGCUGUCAAUAACUAUUAUAUUGAAUGUAGUGGUACUCAUAUUUUUACACAUGAAACGCAAACAUUAUCCUUCUAAUCUUAUAAUAUUAAUCAUAUUUACUUUAUUAGAAGCUUGUACUGUUGGAAUUGUUGUUACAUCGUUUGGUUUAUUUAUACUGCUACAAACAUUAUUACUUACUUUGGUUGCAAUCAUAGCUACAAUGCUAUACUUGAGUAAAACAAAGAGAAUUUGGUUAUCUUUAACUGAAUAUUGUAUUCUGCUGAUUUUAUCCAUACUUUUGGCUGGUGUAUUAAUACAAAUAUUACUGGGAAGUACUACAUAUGAACUCAUGUAUUCAAUUAUUGGUUCAUUUUUUUUUUCAAUGUUCCUGAUUCAUGAUGCUCAGAGACUGAUGUGGAAAUUGCAUCCAGAGGAUUAUGUUUUUGGGACCAUCAGUAUAUAUUUUGAUAUAAUUAAUAUAGUUCCUUAUGUACUUCAUAAAGUUUAUAAUUUAAUUUAAGUAUUUAACAU